CGUAUUGGAUUACUGAUAGAACUGUAAGUUGUAUUUUAAAUUCAUACUCUAAUUUACGAUGCUUAGGUAUAUGGGGUAGUCGAGGAAAAAUCAAAGAUGCUACUAUUAUUGGAUCUUCUCUAAAUUUAAAAUAUUUUGAUAUUUCUGGUAACGAUAUCGGAGAUGAGGUUGUUGAAGCAGUAGCUAGUACAUGCCAUGAAUUGGAAUAUCUUGAUCUUGGAGGGUGUGGAUUCAUUACCGAACCAUCG